AUGUAUCCAGGUAGUUAUACUGCAGAAGUAACAAGCCUCUCUCCUAAAGCAACAGAGAAGGAUGUUUAUGACUUCUUCUCUUACUGUGGCGAGAUUGAACAUGUAGAAAUCAUCAGAUCUGGUGAAUAUGCCUGUGCUGCCUACGUGACAUUUAAACAUGUUCAUGCGCUGGAAACUGCCAUCUUGCUUAGUGGGGCUACCAUCGCAGAUCAGAGCGUAUGUAUUUCACGCUGGGGAGCAUAUAUAGAUGAAUGUGAUCCUUGGAAUGACCAUUCAUGGAAGGUGGGCAAUGCGAGUAGCUCAACAAUCUCUCACGCAAAUCAGUUUAUUUCCUCUCCUGGGGAAGCUGUAACCAUGACAAAGCAAGUAGUGAAAACCAUGAUAACUAAGGGAUAUGUUUUAAGCAAAGAUGCAUUAUCCAAAGCCAAAGCUUUCGACGAGUCGCAUCAAGUCUCAUCCACUGCAGUGGCCAAGGUGGCGGAGCUUAGCAAGAGAACUGGGCUAACUGAUAAAAUCAAUGUGGGCAUGGAGACUGUUAAAUCUGUGGAUGAGGAGUACCAUGUCUCAGAGGUCACCAUGUCAAUUGCAUCGUGUACAGGGAGAACGGCUGUGGCAACUACAAAUGCUGUAGUCAACAGCAGUUACUUUGCAAAGGGAGCACUCUGGGUUUCAGAUGUCCUCAAUCGUGCAGCCACGGUUGCAGUUGAUUUGGGUAGCCAAGGGGUUAAAAAGUUGUCCGAACUUUGCUUCGUCUUAGAUGACCUUUGUGGAUUCAUUUGUUGUAGUAAUAAAGAAUGCUGUGCUGAUUUCUCUGUCUCUGGGUCGCUACCUGUGGCUGGGAAAUUGGUGUUGCAUCAAGAUCAAUGUUCGCUGCCUACUCUAAGGAGGAAGAAGCUUCUAGUUUUGGAGAAGGAAGGCUGA